CGGAAGAGAAGGGCUGAGCCUGUGAAGAAGGAUGCCGGAAAAGCGAGGAGCUAGGGGGCGGGAAAGGCCGAGCCGCGAGUAGAUUCCGCGCACGAGCACUAGGGGGCGGGGCCAGCGGGAGACAGCACACCGAAAACGAGAGGUCGGGGUAGGCCCGAAGCAAGCUGCGUCCGUCAGUACGGAAGAGGAACGGCGAUCUUGGCACAGCCACGGAGGGCUGGGGCCGAGGACCUCGACUGGGCUCAGCAGGAAAGAAGGCUGGCAAGAGGAGAACCUCGACGAGGCAGACCCCCUUCCCUGCCACCUGUCCAGGUGCCCAGAAGGCCGUUCCGGUUUUGGAGGAGCCUCCAAUACUCGGGAGAUGCCCGGAUUCCCGUCCCCUGGGGCUGCAGCCAUGGGCCCGAGCGGGGGUCUCUAUGGCUGUGACGACCCCCAGUGCUGGACGGCAGUGCUGGGCUGCUACAAGGAGGUGGUCAGAGCCAAAGAGGGCAAGUCCCGGAAACUUGUCGCUUUGGAUGCAUGGUAUCAGGAGGAACUGCCAGUUUCUAUGAGAGAGAGAAAGGAGAAAUACCUAACUCGAGAUGAAUUGGUGAAGCUGAUGGAAUGGAAGCUGACGAGAGGCAAGUUCAGACCACAACUGCAGCAUUUGGUGGCCACUAACCCGGAGGAAUUGGUAAAGAGGUGCACAGCAACAGCCUUCUCUCUGCUACCCAACGUGGAAGCUGCCAUCACAGAGCUGAGCCAGCUUAAGGCUGUGGGACCGGCCACUGCCUCUGCAAUUCUGGCAGCAGGUGCCCCAGAGACAGUAGCAUUCAUGGGAGAUGAGGCAGUGGCUGCUAUCCCUGACCUCCCGGUGCUCCAAUAUACUCUCAAACACUAUAUCCUGUAUCUGGACAAGAUCCGGGCCUGUGCUAAGAGACUGAGCCAAGUUGAUGCUUCAUCAGAGUGGACGCCUCACCAGAUAGAAAUGUGCCUCUGGACCUGGACUGUGGCCCAAAAACUGUGUCCCACAGCCCUGCCUCACUUUUCUUGGACAGCCUCCAAAGCCAAGAAAGGUGCUGAAGAUGUUAGACCGUCCAAGAAACGAAAAGCUAGUAUUCACUGAUCCUGAGUGUCUGUAUACACUCCACCUGAGAGAAAUGCAUCAAGUCACAGUAACCUGCAGCCAGAUUCCUAUCCUCUUCUUGUGACCAUGGAGGGCUCAGGGCAGAGAGUACCCACUGUCACCCAUUAAACUUGCCUUCCCUCCCAA